AAGUCACAAUUGCAUGAGAUAGUGGCUUUUAUAAUGUUUGUUUGUAUAAGGCUGUUGUUUAAGGUUGACACUAGAAUGUCCGCACAGGAAAAGGACAACACAAAGCUUCUUCUUGCAUCAAAGAAAACGAAGUCAGUCCUGGCUGGUCUGCAGUUUCCUGUGAGUCGAGUCUACAGGUUCCUCAGGAGAGGCCACUAUGCUGAAAGGAUCAGCCCUGGUUCUGCAGUCUACAUGGCUGCAGUGCUGGAAUACCUGACUGCAGAGAUCCUGGAGCUGGCAGGGAAUGCUGCACGGGACAACAAGAAGGCCAGGAUCCUGCCCCGACACAUCCAGCUGGCUGUGAGAAACGAUGAUGAGCUGAACAAGCUCUUCUCCUGUGUGACCAUCGCUCAAGGAGGGGUUAUGCCCAAUAUCCUUCCUCAGCUUCUUCCUAAGAGAACAGUGACACUUAAGCCACCCCACAAAAAUGGCCAUUCGCAGGAGUUCUAGCUUCUGCCACACACCUGGGCUUGUGUUGUUGCUAUUGCUGGCUGCUUUUCCCCAGCCCAGUGCUCUGCAUAGUUGGUGUUCAGGCUUUUUUAGUCUAUAUUUGUAUGCAUAUCUAGGUGGGUGUCUGGGAGGUGCAUAAGUUUCUCUGUCAGCAUUCUUCAGAAGAAAGAAGUCAGACUGCUUUUAUGAAUAACUGCACAAAGGACUUGACCUUGUGCCUUUCAAUGAAGGAUUUGCUGCAUCAAACAGAUCGUUUUCUUUCAACUACCUGUUGUCUUUAAAGCAGCACCUGAGGAACUUCAUCUAGGCUUGCUCAUGGUAAAGCUGAUGUAUUACCCAAUAUUGGAAUGCUGAAAUAGGGUUGUGCUGUAACUUUAGCAUCACCACAUACACAUUGGGCUGAGGAUUAUUUGAUAUUGUUCCUUCAGCUUCUGCGUUCGCAGAGUGCCACCUGAGGAGUCUUCUGUAGAUAGUGUAUAAAUGUUGACAGCAACUGAGCCUUAAGGAUAUAAAAAGUUGUUUUAAGCAUGAUUCUAAUAAGGCCCUCCUUAGUUUCUUUGAGGCUUGUUCUAUCAAAUCAACCAAACUUAUACAAUAAAAUGCAAUCCAGAAAAUGACUGUUUCCAA